UUCAUAGUUUGGGGAGGAGAGGGGGAGAAGAAAAGUUUGAAUAUAGGCAAAAAGUGGGUCUUCUGAGUAAUUAGGGCACAGAGAUCAAAGAGUGUUGCCGUCGCUUGUGAGAGAGAGAGAGAGCAAUGGCGUCUUCCAGUUUGAUUAGGGUUUGCAGGGCUGUGACAGCGGCGACCAGGUCCUCCAGUUCCAACGGCGGAGCUGCUCUCUUUUCCUCGAAGCCCGCCACCAAUACUAUUCCGAAGCCAAAGGCAAAGGCGAAGGCGAAGGCUAAGCCCAAGGAAGCAGGUGUUUCGACCAAGCCCAAACCCACCCUCGGGAUUAUGAAGCCGAUUCCGAUCUCUCCAGCUCUGGGAAGCUUCCUCGGCGUCAAGGAGUCCUCCCGCGCCGAAGCUGUCAAGCAGAUCUGGGCCCACAUCAAGCUCCACAACCUGCAGAAUCCUGCCAACAAGAGGGAGAUUUACUGUGAUGACAAGCUAAAGGAGAUUUUUGAAGGGAAGGAAAAAGUGGGCUUUCUGGAAAUUGGGAAGCUGCUCUCGCGCCACUUUGUGAAGGCUGAAUGAAUGUCUAUUGAGUCGUUAAAUUGAUGUGUGUUGCUUUUGAAUCGAUGCUCCCCACCCCUUGGAAGAGCAAAUCCUUUUGGAUAUAGUUUUAUGCUCACCAACUUUCGUUUGAAGACCUUUUUGUGCAGGAAGGGAAGGGGUUUGGUAAUUGGAAUUGGCUGGUCUAACUUUUGGAUGUAUAAAAGCACGUAGGAUGAACAUUUUAUGAUUUAACGUAGAUCUUCUCUUGUAUCAAUUUAGUUGUUGUUUUAAGCUACGUUGAUGGCCGUAUCAUUUAUCUUAGCGUUUUAUUUUU